AUGAAAUCCGGUGCCUUUCUCGCGUCUCUCGCCCUGGGCUUGCUGCCCGCCGCGAUCGCAGCUCCCCCGGGCUUUGAACCCGCAAAUGUCGUCCCUGUAUUCGGCCGAGCUCUACCCGAUGCACCCGAUGGCUACGUCCCGACCAAAGUUAGCUGCCCUGGCACUCGUCCAACGGUGCGCAGCGCCGCGAAGCUCUCCUCCAAUGAAACCGACUGGCUUAAGACCCGUCGUGAAAAGUCCCUUUCUGCCAUGACGGACUUCUUCGGCCAUGUGAAGGUCGGCGACUAUGAUGUGACUUCUUGGCUGGACAAGCACAAGAGCAAUUCCUCUAAUAUUCCCAAUAUCGGUAUUGCCGUGUCCGGUGGUGGUUACCGUGCACUGAUGAACGGCGCUGGUGCCAUCAAGGCAUUCGAUAGCCGAACAUUCAAUGCUACCACCGAUGGACAUCUUGGUGGUCUGCUGCAAUCUUCCACUUAUGUCGCCGGUCUCAGUGGUGGUAGCUGGCUGCUGGGCUCUAUCUACAUUAACAACUUCACCACCAUCGAUAAGCUGCAGACUACUUCCGAUGGUGCCGUUUGGCAGUUCGGAAACUCUAUUCUCGAAGGCCCUGAUACCGGCGGUAUCCAGCUGCUGGAUUCGGCCAGUUACUACAAGGACAUCGCCGAGGCUGUUGAGGGCAAGGAGAAGGCCGGAUUUGACACUUCUCUCACCGACUUGUGGGGCCGUGCUCUCGCCUAUCAGAUGUUCAAUGCCAGCGAUGGAGGCAUCGAUUACACUUGGUCCUCCAUUGCGAAGACCUCGGAUUUCCAGGAUGGCAACUACCCCAUGCCGCUUGUCGUGGCCGAUGGCCGUAACCCCGGAGAAUUGGUCGUUGGCAGCAACUCCACUGUCUACGAGUUCAACCCCUGGGAGUUCGGUACUUUCGACCCGACCAUCUUCGGCUUCGUUCCUCUUGAGAAUCUAGGCUCGCGUUUUGUUGCUGGUUCUCUCCCUAGCAAUGAAAGCUGCGUUGGUGGUUAUGACAACGCUGGCUUCGUUAUCGGAACAUCCUCCACUCUUUUCAACCAAUUCCUGCUCCAACUCAACACUACCUCCCUUCCAUCGUUUGUGAAAGAUGUUUUCAACGACAUUCUUAACAAGCUGGACAAGUCUGAUAAUGAUAUCGCCUCCUACGAUCCCAACCCAUUCUAUCACUACAACAACCAGUCCUCUCCCUACGCCCAGCAAACCGCCCUGGACGUCGUUGAUGGUGGUGAGGAUCUGCAAAAUAUCCCCCUGCACCCGCUGAUCCAGCCCGAGCGUCAUGUCGAUGUUAUCUUCGCUGUCGACUCUUCCGCCGACACCACCUACAGCUGGCCCAACGGUACCGCUCUGGUUGCCACCUAUGAGCGCAGCCUCAACAGCAGCGGUAUCGGCAACGGCACUUCAUUCCCAGCCGUUCCGGAUCAGAACACUUUCGUGAACCUGGGCCUGAACACCCGACCUACUUUCUUUGGCUGCAACAGCUCCAACACGACCGGCGCUACCCCGCUGGUUGUCUACCUCCCCAACACCCCAUACACCACUCUCUCCAACGAGUCAACCUUCACCUUGAGCCGUGACGACACCGUCCGUGAUGAUAUCAUUAACAACGGAUACGAAGUCGCAACUAUGGCUAACGGCACUCGCGACGGCAACUGGACUACCUGUGUCGGCUGUGCCAUCCUGAGCCGCUCUUUCGAACGCACUGGCGAUACUCUCCCCGAUGUGUGCACCCAGUGCUUCAAGAACUACUGCUGGAACGGCACCAUUGACUCCAAGGACCCUGGCGUCUUUGACCCAAGUACCCUGAUUAAGAAAGCUGAUAACGCGGCCAUUGCUGCUAUUGUUCCUUCCGUGCUCUCCGCCACCGUCGCUGCUAGCGUAGCGCUCUUCAGUCUGGCUUAG